UUCGUCACUGCGUCACGGUGCGUCAGCAGCAGCGAUGGCGGACAAGGAGAAGCGGCGGGCCGGGCCGACUCCUCCGGGGGUGGCCGAGGGGAGAGCCUCCAGGGCGGACACCGAGCGGGAGUUCCUGUCGCAGGCCGGGGUGGGCGAGCUGCUCCGGGGCGCCAUCCUCAAGAUGAUCGAGGCCCGCUCGGACGACCCCAUCGGGUUCCUGGCCGACCACUUCUGUAACCUGUCCUCCUCCUCCUCCUCCUCCUGCUCCUCCUCCGGGCCGGAGGGCGGCUCGGCGGGGUGCGGAGACCCGGAGCAGGUGACCAACGGGCCGCUGAGCGCUGGAGCCCAGGAGCAGCAGCACCUGAACCGGGCUCUGUGGCACCUGAGGCUGGCCCACCACUCCCACAGAUCUGCCUUCAGCAACAACGUCCGUGUGGCCUACGACCUUUUGAACCUCUCUGCUCCCCGUAGACGGCCGGCCGAGGCCCCCGAGGGCCCCGACGGCCCCGCCACCAGCCCGACCGAGGCAGCAGAAGGAGGAGGCGUGAGAGGAGGCCUCUACUCUCAGACUCUGCAGUGCCUGUGCAGCGAGGGCGGGGUCCCGGCCUCCACCUCGGCCCCGCUGCUCCGCCGCCUGCACUGCCAGGACCACGAGGCCGUCCCCUACGACGUCUUCCGCCACGGCGUGCUCACCUGCGCCGUCUUCUCGGACUACAUCCGGCAGGCUCAGAGGCUCUACGCCGAGGUGUGCUGCCCCGACCAGGGGCCCGCCUCCCAGGUGCUGUGCCUGGGCGUGCUGGGGACCCUGAAGGAGGCCCUGGAGACCUCCCAAGGCUGCGAGGCUAACGGCUGCGCUAAUGCUAACGCUAAAGCUAAAGCUAACUCCUGUCUGGAGGCUAACGUGAAGGCGAUUCGCUACCUGGAGGCCAGCGCCAAGAUCUCUCCGUAUAAGCUGGGCCAGGCCAUGGCGGGGGCCCAGACACGGGGCCCCGGGGGAAACAUGGACGCCAAGGAGUUUGAGAACGCAGCCGCAGAGCUUUUUAUCACUCGAGUUAAAGUCGUGUCGUAGAUUUCUCAUCAUUUAUGAAUGAACAACACAGUCCUACAGAGUCUAACUGCAGUAGCAACAUUUUUCAAAAUUGAGUUGUAACUAAAAAUGAACUCCUUGAUGUUUGUUUUUAUCUUGUGACAAUGUUUUAGGUUUCAAUUUUGCUUUAUUUCAGAGAAAUAAUUAUGUAAAAUAAACACAGAAUCCAACUCAAAACCAAGCAGUACACUGUAAAAAAAGGUGUGUCUAAAAACCAGAUUUUUGUUAUUAUUUGUUUCUUACCAAGAUAAAAAAAAAAAAACUUUGGUCAUUUUGUGACCGAAAAAAAGAUGUAAAAUGACACAAAAAAAGACAAAAAAAUACCAAAAAAAGAAACAAAAGACGUAAAAUCACAAAAACAGACAUAAAAAGACAAAAAAAAUACCCAAAAAAGACACAAAAUGACCUAAAAAAGACACAAAAACAAAACAAAAAGAUGUAAAAUCAUCAAAAAAAGAUAUAAAGAGACACAGAAAUAGUUAUUUUCAGAAAAAGAAACUUAAUCAGUCAACAUGAUUAGACACACACUGUAAAAAGGUGUUUAGUCUUAAAACCAGAUAAAAACAGUAAAUCUGAGGGAAAUGAUCUUGCUGCAUGGACAGAUAAUUUACCUUGACAAGAUUUAUUAAAUUAAGAUUAUUAAAUCUAGAAAUAAGCAUGUUGAACACUUAAAAUAAGAGAUUAACUCUUAAAACAAGAUAAAUGAUCUAACACUUCUAAAUCUAAAGAUUUUUUUUAUCUUGGUAAGAAACAAAUAAUUGUCAGUGCACUCUUUAUCUACCAAAAUAAAAGCUUUGAGUUCAUAUGAAAAGACCAAAAACUUUCACAACAAGAAGUCAGAAAAUGUUGUUUUUUUUUAAAUAUAUUUUUCUGUUUUCUUUAAAAAAAUAUUUGAGUUAAUGAAAAAGAAAGAAAACUAAUUUGCAUAACAAGCUUAUUAAAGGAAAUUAAACCGGGAUUGCUUUUGAAUGAGUCUACAGUCUAUUUUUUAAAAUAUUUUUUUAAGCAAAAUCCUGCAUAUUAUACCUUUUUAAAAUGAAUAAAAUCAUCAGGUCACUCUGCUCGGGCCAGUUCAUCACUGCUAGCAGCUUUAAUAUUUAAAACUUUAAAGCAGUUUUUCUCAGUUGAACCCUUUGUUUAGUUCCUGCAGUUCGACUCUGUAGGACAGAAUACUUUAAAUAAAGUAUAUCUGAGAGUAAAAACCUUCUGUGAACCUUAUCUAACCCGUAUUACCUCCACUCAGAAUGACACUAAAUCCUAUAAUAAUUCCAUUAUUUGGAAGAGAACACUAAUUAUAAAACAUAUUGUUUGAUGUAUUUUAUUUAACUCAUUAAAGUGGAAAAGAGGAGAAAUGGACCUGAUUUGCUGUGACUGAUGAGGAGUUCCUGUAAUAGACUAAAUGUGUUUGAUUGAGAUCAGUAUUGAUCCUGACAGAUUCCAUUAUUGUUCAGCCUUUUCCAUGAAAUGCUGCGAUUAGAAAACA